AUAGGUCAAUCUCAUAUAAAUAGCUUAAACAAACCCUAGCUUCAAAAUUCACACUUCUUCUUCGCCCGUCGGCAGCUCAAACCAGAGACGACUUAACAGGUAAAAUGGCGGUUCCUCUAUUGACCAAGAAGAUAGUGAAAAAGCGUGUGAAGCAGUUCAAAAGGCCUCAACAUGAUCGUAGAAUCUGUGUGAAGACUAACUGGAGAAGGCCAAAGGGUAUUGAUUCUCGUGUAAGGAGAAAGUUCAAGGGAGUUACUCUCAUGCCCAACAUAGGUUAUGGAUCAGACAAGAAAACUCGUCACUUCCUUCCAAAUGGGUUCAAGAAAUUCAUUGUUCACAAUGUGAAGGAAUUGGAAAUCUUGAUGAUGCAUAACAGGACUUAUUGUGCUGAGAUUGCUCACAAUGUUUCGACGAGGAAAAGAAAGGAGAUUGUUGAGCGAGCUGCUCAGCUUGAUGUUGUUGUGACUAACAAAUUGGCUAGGUUGCGCAGCCAAGAAGAUGAAUGAGUGUCUGAUUCAGUAUUUGAAGUAUUUCAUUAUGUUUGGAACUGUGUUUUUUGUUUGUUUGAUUGUUUUUCAUUUUAAUGGAUUAAAAGGAAUAUUGUUUCAGAAUUUUCAAGAUAUCCAGAAGACAACUUGUUGUUUUUAAAAUUUUGAAUGAGAUGCUGUCAAAAUCUUAUUACA